AUGUCUACUGUUGAAGAACUCAAAGAAGUCGUUGACAAAUUGCAAUCCAGAAUCCAUCAAUUGGAACAAAAGGCCGGUAUCAUCCCAGCCGUGCCAAAGUCCAUCCGUAUGAUUUUGAUUGGUCCUCCAGGUGCUGGUAAAGGUACCCAAGCUCCAAACUUGAAGGAAAAAUUCUGUGCUUGUCACUUGGCCACUGGGGACAUGUUGCGUAGUCAAGUUUCCCAAAAGACUGAAUUGGGUGUUGCUGCCAAGAAGAUUAUGGACGCUGGUGGAUUAGUCAGUGAUGAAAUUAUGGUCAACAUGAUCAAGUCUGAAUUGGACAACAACCCAGAAUGUAAGAACGGGUUCAUCUUGGAUGGUUUCCCAAGAACCAUUCCACAAGCCGAAAAGUUGGACGAAAUGUUGAACAACAAGAAGAGUCCAUUGCAAAAGGCUGUCGAAUUAAAGAUUGAUGACUCUCUUUUGGUGUCCAGAAUCACUGGUAGAUUGGUCCACCCAUCUUCUGGUAGAUCUUACCACAAGGAAUUCAACCCACCAAAGGUUAACAUGAAGGAUGACAUCACUGGUGAACCAUUGAUCCAAAGAUCUGACGAUAAUGUCCAAGCCUUGACUAAGAGAUUGGAAACUUACCACAAGCAAACCGAGCCAAUUGUGGAUUACUACAAGAAGACCGGUAUCUGGUCUGGUAUUGAUGCUUCCCAAUCCCCUUCUAAUGUUUGGUCUUCUAUCUUGAAAUGUUUUGGCAACUGA